CGCUCUGUAGAUAGAGAAUCCCUGAUCUGCCUGGGUUUCAUCUUGCUUUUUAUGACCUGCUUGGCUGCCACUGUGUAGGGCCUGCUUAAAGUCCUUUGCACUCUCAGCAUUGCCCUCAAGUUCAAGGACAAGCUUCUCAUUAUGGCAGGCAUAAAACUCUUUAUAAUUCGUCCUCCACUCUCCCAGUUCAGGGCUCCAGCUGUUGUCUCACACUUCCUUGAAGUUCCCUCUGCUGAGUCGCCCUUGUGCCUGACCAACUUACUUACUAAAAUAAAAAUCCCAAUUUCUUUCCAGUCAUGUGUGCCCAAGGGCGAGUUAUUUAACUUUUCUGAGCUUUCCUCAGUAAAACGAAGCUACGUAUCUUGCAAGGAUGUGAUAUUAAAGUUAUGAUAUUGUAAAACAGCUGCCACGGUGCUUGGCCUAGGGUGAGCCUUCAACCUAGAACAUACCACUGUCCCCAUGCACCUUGCUCACACACCCAAUCCCAGACUUUUCUUUUGUAGUCACCUCAGUUAUCACCUCAUUAAAUAACAACCUGAUUAUCCCAAGUACAGCUUAAGUGACUUAAGUUAUUUUCGAUGGCUAGCGGAAGGGUCUCCGCUACAUUGGAGAGCUGGGGUGGUCUGGAGUUCCACGGUGUGGUGGGCCAGAGGCCACCUCUCCUGCGGCCUCUUAGUGUCUCGCUGGCGGGGUUCGGCCCGAGCUAGAUAGACACAGCCCUUGGCGGAUUUAAACAAUCUAAACAUUAAACAAUACAGCUGCCUCAAAUCUUUGGGAAUUUCAGAAUGACUGACACUGCCAAAGCUGUUCCAAAUUUUGAAGAGAUGUUUGCUAGUAGAUUCACAGAAGAUGACAAGGAGUAUCAGGAAUACUUGAAACGCCCUCCUGAGUCUUCUCCAAUUGUUGAGGAAUGGAAUAGCAGAGCUGGUGGGAACCAAAGAAACAGAGACAAUCGGUUGCAAGAUAGCAGACAGUUCAGAGGCAGGGACGGCAGAUGGGGGUGGCCAAGUGACAAUCGAUCCAAUCAGUGGCAUGGACAAUCCUGCGGUAACAAUUACCCGCAACACAGACAAGAACCUUACUAUCCCGACCAAUAUGGACAUUACGGUUACAACCAGCCGCCCCCUUACGAUAGAAAUGUUGGCAGCUUUUAGGAAAAGCAUUUACUCUGUUACCACGACAAAAGUUUGGGUGUCUUCUGUCGGUCAUAGUUGGUUUUUUUUGUUGUCGUUUGUUUGUUUGUUUGUUUUUGAGACGGAGUCUCUCUCUGUCGCCCAGGCUGGAGUGCAGUGGCGCGAUCUCGGCUCACUGCAAGCUCCGCCUCCCGGGUUCAUGCCAUUCUCCUGCCUCAGCCUCCCUAGUAGCUGUGACUACAGGAGCCCGCCACCACACCUGGCUAAUUUUU